AUGAUGCUACGUCAAAGGACUGUCCCAAAAUGUAGUGGAACGGGAGGUCUUGAAGCAGUGGCAAGAGACCGUUCAUCUCGUUGGGAAGCUGUUGCGGCUGUUAAAAAGCGACGCUCCCGACGCCGUCGUACUUCAAAGAACAGAGAUGCCUCCUUGAAGAGCGCGCCACAACCGAAGACUCCUCCUCAUCUGCUCCCUAGGCCUGGCAGAGUCGAGUCCAAGGACACCAAUACUGAAGCUUUGCGCGCGCUACCAAAGCGGCAGCCCCCGCCACAACUGAAGCCUCAGCCGAAGAAACCGCCGGGGCCACAGCCAAUGGCACAGCUGAAGCCACAUUUGGAGCUACAGCCAGUGCCAGAGCCGGAGCCACAACCGCAGCCACGACCGAUACCACAGCCGGAGCCAUGA